CUUGCAAACACCAUUGCCGAUGAUCCGGAAAAAUGCAAGAGCGUUAUGAUGUGGCUUGAACGGCAAUUGGAACUACAUAAACCCGCUCCUCCUAGUCAUUCGUCUAUAUGUGGUGUGUUGACACCGUUACCGGUACCGGAUAGUGCUGUGCAUGCGGAAGUACCACAACAAAUUAAGAAUCCAAAGUCAGCAAAACGGAAAGGCGCACCCAAGAGAAAUCGUUUGAAGGGGCCUCUGGAAAAGGGAAAAUCCAAGUCAAAGCCAAGUGCUAAAAAACAAAGAUCCACAAAGGACAUUGCCGAACAGGA